AUGGCGGUCAACGGGGAGUCCCAGUGUGACGUCGGCGCUGCCGGCGGAGGUUCUCCUUCGGGUCCGUCUCUGGUUGAACGUGGCGGCGUCGGGGGUUUCCAGCUGACGCCCGUCGCGCGGAAGGCGGAUCCCUCGGACCUGGUGGCGCUGGCUGAGGAAGUGCAGAAGGCGGAUGAUUUCGUCCGAGCGAACGCCUGCAACAGAUUGACUGUCAUAGCGGAACAAAUCCGCUACCUGCAGGAACAGGCCCGGAAGGUUUUACAGGAGGCGACCAGAGACACAGACUUGCAUCACGUUGCCUGCAACUUUGUGAAGAGGCCCGGAAAUGUCUACUACUUGUACCGACGGGCAAGCGGUCAGAGAUAUUUCUCCAUCAUAUCGCCUAAGGAAUGGGGCCCCAGCUGCCCCAGCGAGUUCCUUGGGGCCUACAAACUGCAGCCCGACUUGUCCUGGACCCCUUCGGACGACAUCAAGAAGCGGGAGGCUGAGCUGAACGUCCUGGAGAAGCUGCUGAGCCAGCAGGCCCCUCUCCCGCCGUGCAGCGAGCCGAACUUCCAGGGCCUGACCGCGUGAAGU